AUUUUCAUUAUAGUAUUUCAGAGAAUAUUAUAAGUUGACGUGUAUUUUUUAUAUUAUUUUUUUUUCUUUCUCCCGAGACUCCUCUUCUCAUCAUCACUUACUCGUGUUACGUCACAGAUCAAACCCGAAACAAGAAAAUACCCAAACUUAUUGUGAAAUUAUAUUAUAUUAUUACACAAGUGAACAAGUGCGGAGAAAAAUACGGAUAAAAAAAAAAUCACCUCAUCUGUACGGGCUUGUUCGUUUCGUAUCGCCGUUUCGUUGUUUCAACUUGUCGAUUCAACAAAUACAAUAUUCUCCGUUAUUCUCUUCCUCAUAAAUCAUAAAAAAAAAAAUAUGAUCGAUCCCUCUCCUCGUCGUCGUGUAUAUCAAGAAUCUUUUCGUAUUUUCUUAUAUAUUUUAUCUCCUCGUAUUAGACUGUCCAAUAUAUAGGCGUGUAUAUGUAUGUUAAUGCGCGUUAUUACUUUGAAGGCGAAAGAAAAAAUGAUAUGUAGUAUUCAUUUCUUGCAGAUUACACAAUUUAAUAACGACUAUAUAGAUGCUUGCGCGAUAAAUAUUCCACUUCGGUCCGGUCAAGAGCACGUGUGUCCGAUAAAACAACAACGCUGCAUAUCUGUAGUAUAUAUACUCGUUAUGUGACAUUUUUUCCCUUUUCGAUACGGGUUUUUCGAUUACGGUCAACCAGCUUCCUCACACUAUUCUAUUCUGAUGUUUUGAUAGAAUUUUAAAAUAAUAAUCGCGGGUUUAUCAUCAACCAACGACGAAUCUCGGCUCGCCGGCGAUUUCGCAUUUUUUCGAUCGCAUUGCUAACAAAAACGGAUCAGACCUUGAACGAGAAAUUUCGUAAUGCAGACCGCCAUUGAUAAGAACGUAUUUCAAACAUUAUUUACUUUCACAUUCCUGCUGUGCAUGGAAUAUAUAUCACCGCAUACUCUGUACAAAUGCAUAAUACACAUGUGUAUUUCCAACCUUUAUUAUUCUUUCGUUGCGCAGCUUCUUUCUGUGUUACACACGCGACAACGAGUUAUUAUAUAUAUACCCAUUUUUCCUUUCAUCAUGGACCGGUCGAAUAUAAUAGUCGUAUAUGGAGUACAGUCUAAUUAUUUUAAUACACACGACAGCCUCUAUCGUCUGUUUUUUAAAAAAAAAAUUUUAUCGUUCGAUCAAAUUUCAUUCAUCGAAUCAAAACGUCAGAAUGACUAUAAAUCCCUCUUCAUUUGCAACCACUCGAUACAUUCUUCAUGUAUUAUCAAAUUCAAAAGAGAUAAAAAAAAAAGCAGAUCCUGAUAUAAAUUCAAUCCACAUGUUUUUAAUAAAAUAUAUUUAUUGAGAAAAGAAAAUUCAUCAUUCCUUUUAGUUUUCCUGUCGUCGCGUUUAUAUUGCAACGCGGCAUAUAUAUAUGCGACAUGCGCUUAGCGAUCGUAAAGAAACGAGCGCGCUAUGCUUAAAAUAUUACGUUUUCGUUCGUUCAUUUAUAUUUUCUCACGCGUCAGUGUGCAAAGAUUAACCAUUCAAUCCUUCAUCUCUCUACAAUUCUAUUUCGCGUACUUCCAUAGCACGUGAGCUCCUCUUUGCUUUGGACUUUGGAGGGGAGAAAACCAAUCUGAAUCGUCGAAAAUCGUGUCAUACAGUACAGGUGUCUCGAUAAUCUUUAUUCACUUGGAAACGAAAAAAAUUCAAUCAGAUUUUCCAUUUAGAAAAUGGAUGUGGAAAAGAUGAUAGUACGAGCGGAAGAGCCAUUUGUAGGAAAAGAGGAAAACGAAUUCUAUUUUGAGUCGGAUCAUCUGGCUCUAAAAGGAAAUAAGGAUUACACGGCUCUGUUAAAAACGGUAGUACUCCUCCAAGCACAGCGAACUCAGGCGAUCCAAGAUUUAGACAAUCUUUUGGAUCGCAAAGCCAAAGCCACCGGAGAUCCUAUUUCGUUUGUUGCUCAGCUACAGAACAACGGUCUGCCUGAAUUACCGGGACCACAAAAAAUUGCUGAAAUACCCUUCAUAGAUUGGACUCGAUAUAAUGUUGUUUCGGAUAUGCGAAUGAAACCCCAAACCCGUCACAGUAAUUUAUUACCACAGGUUCAAAAUAAAACGGAAGUCGAAGAUGGCAAAGUUCUCGUACGUGGACGUGCUUUCGAUGAAAGUAAACCAGAAACUUUUAACCAAUUAUGGACGACAGAGGAGCAGAGGCGUUUGGAAGAAUUAUUGGUUGAAUAUCCGCCGGAAGAAGUAGAAAUGAGGCGUUGGACAAAAAUCGCAAAUGCCCUCGGAAAUCGAACUCCCAAACAAGUAUCAAGUAGAGUACAAAAAUAUUUUUUGAAGCUCCUUCGUGCCGGAUUACCGAUUCCAGGACGAGGUCCUAAAGUCAAAUUAGAUGGCAAAAAAAGUCAGUCUAAUCGUAAUCAGCGCAAUAUUUUACUACUUUCGAAAAAAUCAACGUUCUUCCCACAUCAAGAUUUGUCCUACGGCGGCAGUGACGAGGGCAAGGAUAAUCAAGCUCAAGAAGAUUCUGAGGACGAUUACAGUAAUGCCGGUAUUGAAGAAAAUCCUGAACUGAGACAGAUCGAACUGUUGCGACAGGUAAAAGCUGAAAAAGAAGCAGGCCAAUCUACGGAUUAUCAGCAUUUCGGAUACAAGUGUACUGUGUGUGGUGAAGAUCCACUGAAGGGGACACGCUGGCAUUGUUUGGAUUGUCGGAACGGCGUUGAUCUUUGCGCGGAUUGUGCCGUAGCGCAGUUGGAGGCUAUUCGUCCGGUCCACUCACCGCUCCACAAAUUGACUCCAGUACGUUCGACCCUAUGUCCAAGGUCCUACGACACAGAUUACUGUCCCGAAAACUUCGAUGAUUCUUCUUACAAUUAUCUCGAUCCAAAUUUCUUACCCGAAUGAAUCCCGAUCACUUGAGAAAAAAAACUCGAACGAUAAUUAUUCGUUCGUUACAAAGAAAAACUUCAACUUGUAAAUUGAGCUCCAAUUUUCGAUUUGAAGUCUGUCAACGUCGAGUUCUUUAUAUUUUCUCUUAUCGCUUUGAAAAAUUGGAGAUACUGAUGCGUAUUGUGUCUGGAAAUAAAGAUUCAUAUGGAAUACCA